AUGAGAACAAUACAAAGGUUAUAUAGCCUUGGUCGUGAGAGAUCCGCGAAGGUGCCUCGCGAGAAGGCUGUAUGGUGGGACAUCAACGGCUGUCUGAUUCCUCCUGGUUAUGACCCUCUCUGUGUCCGUCAGAGUAUAGAAUCGGCUUUGAACAAGUCUUGUGGUUAUUCUUUUGGACUUGAAGAAGAAGUCGCCAUCUUUGCCAUCGGCAACCUAAUACCUCUAACUCCAGACGACAGCGAAGACCUCUAUUACUCUGGAAUCUCUAUGAUACACACCGACUUCUCUGGUUUGAGGGAGAUUUUUGGUAACAUGUUAUCGUGGCUAAAUGAUAAUCCACAUCCGGCUACUGGCAUGCUCAUAUCGGAAGACCCUUGUGCUUAUUCUCUUGUGGAGGGCGAAGGACGAUCCAACUCUAUGCUCGACCACAAGCGUGCUGGGAAACCUCUCUGGAUGUGCACACUAUGCGACUUUACGACCGAUAACUAUAAUGAUUUCGCCGCAGAUCUCUAUGAAAUUGUUCAUGACCAAACUUUGUAUGAGGAUACUCACUUCCCUCCCAAUGAGAUUGACAUCUUCCUCCAAUUUCGGAAAGACAAAGACCGAAUGCUAGACAUGCUAGAGUUAGAACAAGAGAUCCUUUCAAGUGAGCAUCCUGACAAAGAUGAUCCGCAAUCAGAGGACCUAGUGAGCUUUCUUAAGAAAGAUGCUUCCGGAAUAAACUCCCCAUGCACAUGGGGUGAAGAAGAAGAGUGA